CCGCCGCAGCUUCCCACGAAGAAGAAACAGCAACGACAGGGUGGACACGACAAAAAAAAGCAGAGGAGCGACUCCUGUUUACAACAACAUAAUGGAGCCAAAAUGGUCAAAUAUCAUCUGCAAGCGUGUUUUAUUGACCGGAUUUACGCUAUGUGUUGUUUUAGGUGAGUACCGCAGCCCUGUUUGGGCCGAAACGGCCGCUGCUGGCUGGAUUUUCUACUUCGCCAACGGAAGAGGCUUCCCGGGACAAGCCGAGUUCAAAGACCGGCUGCGGUUCAUCGGAGACAUCCACAAGCGGGACGUGUCGAUACAGCUGUACCCGGCUCAGUUCAGCGACAACGGGACCUUCUUCUGCGACGUGAAGAACCCCCCCGACGUGACGGGCACGCCGGCGCGGACGGAGCUCCGGGUGGUUGUCAAAGAAUCUCUCCCUCAGAGCAACACGACCGUCAUCGCCGGAGCGGUCAGCGGCGCUCUGCUGCUGCUCGUGCUCGUCGCCGUGGUCGCCUGCGUCGUCAUGAGGUCGCUUCACAGCCGCCACGAGUACGAAGGAUGUACGUCCUUGGAGAGCGCGAGCUCUCCGGCUCCGAAGCCACGAAAGAAGGCGGAGUCCAGCCUGGAGGUGUCCAGGUCCACCGGCCCCUCGGGUCCACUGCAGGGCCCGGUGAUCUACGCCCAGUUGGACCAUUCCGGCAGCAAACACUCGUUCCACAAGAUGGAGCCGGUGGUCUACGCCGACAUCCGUAAAAACUGAAGCGGAACCGGAGACCAAAAACCAAACAAAAAAACACUCCAUUAUAAACGCAGUAAAGUAUCGGACCUCUAACAGCUGCUCGAGGUGGGAAUGUUUCAACAGGGACAAAAAAAACGGUGCAGCUUCUCUUUUCUUUUCAUCCAUCGUCUCGUCCUCUUUAAAGCGUGAUGCCGUCGAUGUCGCAACGUGCUUUGCCUUCACAAUAAAAGAGAAAAAAACAAGCUAAGAACCUAAAUCACUCAGCCUUUACUUUCCU